CAUCCUUCUCCCUACACCUCUUUUCUCUCUCAAACCCCUAAACCCUCUGCUAGGUUGUCGUGCGGCCAACUCGUGCGGCGGCCAGCCUUGUUACGUGCUACCCAAAGGCGUAACAUCUGGUGCUCUCAUUCGUCGAUCUCCAUGUCUUCCGCCGAUCAACCCCAUUCCUCUUUGACGUUAAACGACGUCAUGCAUGCUAUUGAAGAGCUCGGCAAGGACUUGCAGGCAACGAAAUCUCGUGUCGCAGAAUUGGCGGAUUCCAGACGCCAUGCGUUCGGGGAAAAUCAGCGCCCUUUUUCCGCCGGCCACUCCGGGUGGCGGCCCCCAGCAUCCCGGACGACACCACCUACCUUGGAUCCGGCACCACGCAUGUGGGUCGAUGCCCCCCGUUUUAGUGAUGACGACGACGACGAGCAGGUGGACUGCCCGAAUAACCCCAGCAGUGACGACCUCAUUACGGCGGAUAUUUCUAGCAUGCACGCCCUAGCAGGAAGCCCAAAUCCGCGUGCUUUAAAGGUGGCAGGUACGGUGAAUGGGUCGGCAGUUCAGGUGCUCCUGGACAGUGGGAGUACCCAUAAUUUCAUCCACCCGGGAGUGGCGGAACGUCUUCAAUUGGUCCUCCAUCCAGUAACAUCCUUUCGUGUAUACGUCGGCAACGGUGAUUUUCUCUGGUGCGCCUAUGCUUGCCCCCAAACGGCUGUUUCGUUGCAAGGCCAUGAAUUCCUUAUUGAUUUAUAUCUUCUGGAGAUUCAUGGCACCGACAUGGUUCUUGGGGUUCAAUGGUUGCAGACGUUGGGCAAGGUGUCCCACGAUUACGCCCAAAUGACGAUGGAAUUUGUGUGGCAGGGCAAACCCAUCACCUUACAGGGCGACACUAUCCCUCCCCGGCCGAUGUCUUAUGGGCAAUUCUGUACCAUGGUGGCCUCGUCUACGUCGUGGGCUCUAUAUGAAUUGAUUGUUUCACAAGCUGAGAAGGCACCGCCCGAUGAGACGGUCAUGGAAGUUUCGGACGAUGUUCCAGCGUCGCUUCGGGCCAUUCUCCUUGAGCACGCUGGAGUUUUUGGCUUGCCCACUGGAUUACCACCGGCACGUGAUUGGGAUCAUCGUAUUCAUUUGGUGGCUGCCGGCCUACUCCAACCUUUGCCAAUUCCGGACCGGGUUUGGGAUUCGGCUUCUAUGGACUUCAUAACCGGCCUGCCCACAUCGCAAGGAUUCACUGCUAUUAUGGUCGUGGUGGAUAGGCUAAGCAAAUAUGCUCACUUCGGGCCCUUGCCGACAGGUCAUCAUGAGGGAAUUGGCAUGUCCCCCUUCAAGGCUCUUUAUGGUAGGGAUCCACCGCUGCUAUUUUCCACUCUCUCUGUUCGAGCACGCACACUGGAAGUCGAGGCGGUCUUGCAAGAACGGGCUGAUUUGCUAAAUGAUUUGAAAGCUCACUUGUCGAAAAUGCAGAACCGUAUGCGGGCCCAAGAAAAUAAGCACCGUAGAGACGUGUCCUUCGCCGUGGGUGACCGAGUGUUGCUCAAACUCCAGCCUUAUCGACAACACUCAGCGGGGCGUCCCCUCUCUGCUAAGUUGGGGCGUCGCUACUACGGCCCUUUCGAAAUUCUUGAGCGUGUUGGAUCAGUGGCUUAUCGCUUGCGUUUACCAGAAGGGUGUCGUAUCCACGAUGUCUUUCAUGUGUCUCUUCUCCGCCCAUUUGUUAGUCGGCCAGACAGUGCUCCUAAUCCUACAUUGCCAGAUAGCUUCUUUAAGGGUCGGCCCAUAUCUGUCCCUGUUACGGCCCUUCAAAGUCGCAUGAUUUUGGUGGAUGGCACCCCACAACACCAAUGGCUGAUUCGGUGGUCGGACGAUGCCGACGGGGGUUUAACGUGGGAACCAGUAGAGGCUUUGUUGCGCCACUUUCCGAAUCUUCGCCUUGAGGACAAGGCGGACGUUAACCCGGGGGGAGUUGUUACGGGUGAUACGAAUAAAGCCCAAAGGGAAACCACAAGCGGGGCCCAAGCGGAGCAAGUCCGCAUGGGGCGUCCACGAAGGAACGUCGGGCCACCCCGACGUUAUUACGACUACGUUUGAUAUUUUUAUUUUAAUAUUUCCCUUGUAACGUAGAUUUUUCUAGGUGAGCGAAUUAUAAGCUCCUUCGAGGGUUUCUUUUCGGUUCUUUACCUCGAUGCUUUUUUUGAACCGACAGGUUAGAUAAUUAAUUAAUUAGGGUUAGGGAA